AUGGACUUCUCAAGCGAUGGCAAGAAUCUGGCCAUCUGUUGCGAGACUAAUAAAAUCAAUCUAUUUGAUUGUGAAAAGGGUACUCAUAUCGAUUUGCCCUUCAUCGAUUGCUACAAGUAUGGCGUUGGAAUAAUUAAGUACGCAAACAACUCCCAUCCCCAUUAUGUGAUUCAUUCAAGUACCAUAUUGGACGAUCAUAUUCGAGUUUUGAAUUUAAACUCUCGCCAGUACAAAGUUUACUUCAAAGGCCACAAUAAUACGGUCACUUCACUUUCUAUUUCGCCAUACGAUGACACUUUCCUCUCUGGAUCAAAAGAUAACACGGCCAAACUUUGGGAUCUGAGGUCGUCACGAUUUAGAGGAUUUGUUAAGCUCGAUGGUCACCCUGUGGUCAAUUAUGAUCCAGAAGGAUUGAUCUUUGCAAUUGGCAUCAACAGUGAAUCAAUUAAUCUGUACGAUAUGAGAUAUUACGAAAAAGGACCGUUCAAAGUCUUCGAACUGCCAUCAAAUAUGAGGGGCAACUGGACCAGCUUAAAGUUUUCGCCUAAUGGAAAGUCUAUCAUGAUCAACGCAGAGGGAAGUUUAAUUCACCUUAUUGACGCAUUUACUGGAAAGCCUCUACACGACCCUCUGAAUGGACGUCUCAACCAAGGUUGUCGCUCUCUCGAAGCAUCAUUUUCCCCCGACUCGAACCUCAUUUUUAGUGGUUCGGACGAUGGCAAAUCUAUCAUCUUCUGGGAACAAUCGACCGGCAAACAAGUUUUAAUCUUGAAAAGUAGCCAUAUGUUUCCCGUUAAAUGCGUUGAGUUCAAUCCCAGACUCACGAUGUUUGCAUCUGCUGGCAAGGAGUUGCACUUCUGGGUUCCUGCUAAUGAUAAAUAA